AUGACUUCAUCUCGUAUUAUUUCACGUCUUAUUGUACCGACUACUCUUAGUCGUCUAGCUACUUUGGGUAACAUAAAUGGUCCAGUACGUCAUCUUGUCUAUCGAAGUCCAAGAAAUUUGCCUGGUGUAUUUCUUGGAUCAACAUCAAAUAUCUUUCGAGAUUUAGAAAGAGAAUUUGAUCGCAUGCAACGACAAUUCGAUAACUAUUUUCGGGGUAAUGUGGCUAAUGAUAACCGAUCAUUAAUAAAUUCCUCACAUGAUAAUAUUCAGGAAAAUCAAACGAUAAUUACUGAAUUAGAUGGAUCCAGAAAGUUUCAACUUACAUUUGAUAUGAGGGGCUUUGAACCUGAAGAAGUUAAAAUUAAAACACAUAAUGGUUCAUUAAUGAUUUCAGCUAAGAAAGAAAAGAAGGCUGGAAAUAGUUAUUCACUUCACGAAUUCAGUCAAACUUAUACACUACCAGAAGAUCUUAAACUAGAAGAUUUAAAAUCAACUUUUGCAGAAACCGGCAUUGUUACAAUCGAAGCACCUCUACCUAAAGUCGAACCAAAAAAUCGACAAAUUCAAAUUGAACAUUCAAAAUAA